GCGCGGAAGCCCGGGCCCUGCAGCCUGCGAGCGCCCACAGGCGGCCCGGGUCCUCCCGCCGCCCGCCCCGCCGUCCCCGCUUCCCGCGGCCGGUACCUUCAGUGCGCGCAGAGCCGGGAGAGCCGCGCCCGCCUCGCCGCCGUCGCCUCAAACUCCCCAAAGUUGAGCCGGCGAGAGGCUGCCGCCCGCCGGAGCGCGAGGGAGAGCGCAGCCCGGGCCGGGGGACCUGCGGAGGGACGGACAGACGGACGCACGGACCUGAAGACCCCGCCGUCGGAGGCCUGUCCGGAGCGCCUGACGCGUCCCAGCGCCCGAGUCCUCGGCUAGACGAUGGCUUGCUAAGUAUUUCCGUUUAAUUGUUUAUAGGAUGCUGCUGUGUAUUUUUGUGUCCGUGGAGGGAGUUAAGGCAGAAUGCAUUCAUUUUCUUAAACGUUGAGUUUCCGAUGGCCAGAGGGUUGCAUGGAGAGGAUGUGCCUGUAAAUUUCUGUAGAUGGAUGGGAGGCUGAGCUGGUGAAAAGCGCCUGGAGGAGACUCAGAGGCGACCAUAAUGUCGUUACGGUUACACGCACUGCCUGGAGUUGUCAGACCAGGUUGCAAAGAGCUGCUGUGUUUGUUGGUGAUCUCAGUGGCCAUGAGCCCUGGCGCCUUGGGACUGUGCCCCACGGCCUGCAUCUGUGCCACCGACAUCGUCAGCUGCACCAACAAAAACCUGUCCAAGGUGCCCGGGAACCUUUUCAGACUGAUCAAAAGACUGGAUCUGAGUUAUAACAGGAUUGGGCUUCUGGAUUCCGAGUGGAUCCCGGUAUCAUUUGUCAACCUGAACACUCUAAUUAUUCGGCACAACAAUAUCACCAGCAUUUCCACAGGCAGUUUUUCCACAGCUCCAAAUCUCAAGUGUCUAGACUUGUCAUCCAAUAGGCUGAAGACGGUGAAAAGUGCCGUGUUCCAAGAGCUGAAGGUUCUGGAAGUGCUUCUGCUUUACAACAACCACAUUUCCCACCUGGAUCCUUCUGCCUUUGGAGGGCUCACCGGGUUGCAGAAACUCUAUUUAAGUGGAAACUUCCUCACACAGUUUCCUAUGGAUUUGUAUGUUGGAAGGUUCAAGCUGGCAGAACUGACAUUUUUAGAUGUUUCUUAUAAUCGGAUCCCUUCCAUACCAAUGCACCACAUAAAUUUAGUGCCAGGAAAACAGUUGAGAGGCAUCUACCUUCAUGGAAACCCAUUUGUCUGUGACUGUUCCCUGUAUGCCUUGCUGAUCUUUUGGUACCGUAGGCACUUUAGCUCAGUGAUGGAUUUUAAGAAUGAUUACUCCUGUCGCCUGUGGUCUGACUCUAGGCACUCCCGUCAGCUGUUCCUGCUCCAGGACAGUUUUAUGAAUUGUUCGGAUAGCAUCAUCAAUGGUUCUUUCCAUGCACUUGGCUUUAUUCACGAGGCUCAGGUGGGGGAAAGGCUGAUCGUCCACUGUGACAGCAAAACUGGUAAUGGAAAUACGGAUUUCGUCUGGGUUGGUCCGGAUAACAGACUGCUGGAGCCAGAUAAAGAGAUGGAAAAUUUCCGUGUGUUUUACAAUGGAAGUCUGGUUAUAGAAAGCCCUCGUUUUGAGGAUGCUGGAGUUUAUUCUUGUAUUGCAAUGAAUAGGCAACGCCUGUUAAAUGAAACUGUGGAUGUCACAAUAAAUGUGAGCAAUUUCACUGUAAACAAGUCCCAUGCUCAUGAGGCGUUCAACACAGCUUUUACCACCCUGGCUGCCUGUGUGGCCAGUAUAGUGUUGGUACUUCUGUAUCUCUAUCUGACACCGUGCCCCUGCAAAUGUAAAGCCAGGAGACAGAAAACUGUGUUGAACCAAAGCAAUGUUCAUUCGUCUAUUCUCAGUCCCGGCCCCGCUAGCGAUGCCUCCGCUGAUGAUCGGAAGGCAGGUAAAAGAGUGGUAUUCUUGGAACCCCUGAAGGGUCCUGCUGCAGGGCAGAAUGGGAAAGUCAAGGCCUUUCCCAGCGAGACGGUUAUAGCUGAGGGUAUCUUAAAGUCCACCAGGGCAAAAUCUGAUUCAGAUUCAAUCAAUUCUGUGUUCUCAGACACACCCUUUGUGGCAUCCACCUAAUCGUGUGCCUGUAUGUGUAUGAUAGCGUGAUUUAAUCUCUCUCCAUUUAACUUUGUGUGGUCCACAAAAUAAAUAGCAAGACAGAAAUUGUGUUGCUUUGUCUUUUGAGCUAAAACCAAAUGGUGUCUUAAGAUGGUUGCUAGGAAGUAAAGCAAAGCACAUUGGCUCUUCAGUGUGUUGGAGACAGAUGAGGUUGUUUUUGAAAGUUUAAGUUCUAGAUAACAGCAUCUUAGCCUUCAGCAUCACUGAUGUUUCCAAAGCUGGUCUGAAGGUGGUAUGGCCAACAUUAUUCCUUUAUUUAGUUAUCUUAAAGGAAAAAGGAAACUAUGUAUUAGUAUUCUUUAAAAAUAGACUCUGCUAACUUACUAGGACCAAAGUUGAGUUAUUUUUAAAGGAAAGCAUUGGUGACUUAUUUCAUUUUUAAAAGAUGUAGAAAAGGGCAUAAAGUUAGUUUGGGGGUUAUUCAGCCAAAAUCAUCAUUCAGAUCAGAAUGGACAAACUAUUGAUAACAUUACUGGGUAAUGCUCCAUCCUACACGGCAUGAAAUUAGUUCAAGAAAGGUGCAGUUGUUUGGCUAUCUUUGUUCUGCACUGUCUUCUGUGCUGUAUCCCGGCACGGAAGACCUCGCUGAAAAAUGAAAGGCGUCAUUAUGUGUUGCCAAGAAUGUGUGCCAGUACCAAAAUGUCUGAGUAACUUCUUAAACCUUUGUUGUAGCGGACUAAAAUGUGUCCAUAUGUUUGUGUGUAUGUAAAUUUUAGUUAUAUGAAAGACUAAAUAGACCCAAAAGUAUUGUGCUUUAGACAUUUAAAUUAAUGUAAAUAUAUGUGCUCUGUGACUUGA